GAGUGAGCUAGUUGAGUUCUAUUACUUCUGGAAAAAGUCUCCCGCAGCCAACAAUUCAAGACCAACCUACAGAAGCAGGCAUCGAAGGCAGCUGAAAAGACAAAGUCCAAGAAAUAACCAGCCUGAUAACGAAGGUCAGUCAUUUGUUAAUACUAUACUCUUGCUAAUUUCAUCUUCACCAAAAAGCUUACCUUUUACCCUAACCUACUUUCUGGAAUAUAUACAUGUUGUGAAAGAAAAACAUUUAUGAUCAGUGUUCCUGCAACUGUUUUGUAGGGCUGGUGAAAAAGCUUUUUGAGGUGUGGGGGGUGUCAACCAGACCAUGCCUUAAUCAGAGGGGUCUCAAAUUUAUACAUGCAUUUUUUUUUUUUUAAAUUUGUUGAAAAUAACAUACCAAAAAAUGCUUUGUGGUCCCAGCCUCUUCGGGCAUUUGGAAGUUAACUUCUCCUAUGUAAACAAAAUGCAGUAAGUUAAAAUAAAUGCAGACAACACUUUGAUACAUUAAUGUUAUGUUAACAGAAAAUGGUCAUCGCUUAUAUGAGCGGCAUACUGAGGAACUGUUGGGGGCAGUUAACGCUUGAAAUUUGUUAUUGCUUGCUAAUAAUUUAAAAUAGUUUUUGUCCUAUCUGUUUUGAGGGAUUAAUUUUAGGAUGUUUCCCUAAAAUGUCCCACCCCUUGACUCCACAGCCCUAGUAGUAGUAGUAGUAGUAGUAGUAGUAGUAGUAGUAGUAGUAGUAGAUGUAAGAAAUUGUCAGAAUUCUUGUUCUCCAUAUUUAUUAAAAUUUACGAUAAAGUAAUAUCAAGUCACACCCUUUUGUUUUAAUGCAAUUUUUAGAAGUUAAACAUUUGAUAUGUUAGUUAAAUUAGUCAAAAUUUUCAAGGAUUUUUAUGCCAUAAACUUUUUAUUUUGAGGCAUUGGCUGGAAAUGCGUCAUAGUAACCAACCACAUUGUUUAUAAACAUAUAUUUAUUUAUUUAUUUUUAUAUAUUAUUUGGGGGAUGAGGGGGAGUGUACAAACAGAGAGACCUCCAUGUUUAAAAGCCGAUUUGUUUAUGAUUUUAGACUCGCCGUAAAUGUUAACCAUCAGUUUUUCAUUAAACCAUUUCACAAUGGAUAUUUUAACCACAAAAUGGUAUAAUUGGCUUUUUGUGUGUGCAUAAAUUGAACGUUCUUUCUUUGGUCAUCUCGAAUAUAUAUUACGCUUCUGGUGUGACUCGUGGACUGCUACUGCUUCCAUUUAUGGCUGCUUCCUAUUCAGCGUAUUUUGGUUUUGAAAUUGUAUUACAAAUAACUCUACAUGUUUGAUAGCUUAGUUCACGUUUUGUCAAUUAACUUUAGUAGAUGGGCCAGAUGAGAAGUUCCCUUAUAGCUGUCGCCAAUGUUUGACGGGCUAUAUUUAGUAUUGAAUAUUGUUGUCUAGUGAUAAAUGCGUUGACUCGUGAAUAAGCCAUAUACAUUGAAUCUGUCACACACUCAUUUCUUUUUAUCACGUUUACGCGUUGUUGCCUUCUCCAUCCUUCCAGCCACGUUCUCGAUAUUUCGUGUAGCUGCGGUGCUAACCGUUGUUUACCCGAUGCCCCUUGUGGUGACUGAAUGGGCCCCCUUCUCGGCCUUAACAAAUGACCGAUCGAUUUUGUUUAGUUGGAGCACAACAUUGUUCUUAACUCGGGGACUACGGACGGACCACUGCUGGACGCCUAGGAAUAAUCCACUUGAGGGGAGUUAUCCACCACUCUAAACAGCCCUCUUAUCUGCUUGGAGACUUCAUCAUAUCUCCCUCAAUACGGUUCUAAUAACUCGUUCUUACUAAUGUUUUAAGGAUUAGUGGCACUAUUAUUAUUAUUAUUCCGCCAUGUCUUUAUUAUUAUUUAUAAAAAUCCCUAUUACGAUGUUGAAGCUGGGAACUGUGUUCGUUCUUACUAGACACUUGGUCUUUCAGUAUGGAAUAAUCUCAAUCCCCUAUUUGCCGUAAAAAUAUGAUCAUAAUGUAUUUGAAAUAAGCUGCUGUCGCCAUGCCAUGCAGGCAAAAUAGAAAUUAAAUGAUCGUCUUAUUUGCCGCAGGUUCUUUCCAAACUGUCUUUGUUAUUCAAGGUGUGCAGCUGUUCCCCUGACUAAACAUUUAUAGCAGAGGCUGAGGUAGCUAUUGUGCCAGGUUGUUGGGGGGGGGGGUAUUGCAUGAUGCCUAUUGCCCACUUGUACCGCGGCGAAUUGGGGUGAACACAGCAGCUCUGUCUGACUUUGAUUCAGUUGUGCGUGCCUUCACAGCUGGCUGGCUCAAACCACCUCACCCACCCCACAGGUUGGUGGGGGGGGGGGAUAUUGCAUGAUGCCUAUUGCCCACUUGUACCGCGGCGAAUUGGGGUGAACACAGCAGCUCUGUCUGACUUUGAUUCAGUUGUGCGCGCCUUCACAGCUGGCUGGCUCAAACCACCUCACCCACCCCGUCCUCCGUGAAAUUCCGGGUGAGAGAAUGAAUAAAGCAAAGACGAAUGUAUGCCACUAUAGAUGUUGGUCGCUUUAAUGGGCCAUUUAAGGGGAGGGGGGGUGCUUGUGUCAAAACAGGAUAGAGCCUCUCGAAAAAUGCACAACUAAUGGAUUUUUUUUAUUAAGCAAUAUAAUUGAGAUGCCAAAUAUUUCAUCCAGAAAAUAUCAACUGAACGGGCUCCAUAAAAAUCACUACAAAUAAAGUAACGUAACCUAAAAAACAAAUUUCCAAUCAAGAAUAUGUAUUAUAACCUGUGUUUGGCUACUGGCCACUAACAAGUAAUAAAACCCCGAGGAUGCUAAACGAUAAUAAAAAAAAAAAAGAGGAUGUUACCUGUGAUGCCUCUUUAAACCUCUAUUUUCUUAUGAUUUACUUUUAUUGAGAUCUUUCUAUACCAUAUACUGGUAAAUAGUUUAUUGUAGACUCUGUCAUGUGCUCUCACACUUAAAAGAGUGGGAUCAGCUUUAAUUUUUUUUUUUUUAAAAACAACAUAACCAGUACAGCUGAAGUAAUUUUGUCCAGGGGACACGCGUUUAAUUGUUCUGCAACAUAUAAUCAUAUCCCAUCUGUGUUGUUUUAUUUUAUCAGACAAGAAUCUCUGAGCAAUUAAUUCACAAAGAAUGAAAUUAAUUUUAUGUCUGGAUUUUAAAUUUCUACCAGUGCACAUGAUGACAUAAAAUAUUUUCAGUGUUCCAUUGGAUUGAAGGGUUGUGAUACGGGUCAGCCAUAUAGUACGUAAGCAAAAAAAAAAAAAAAAAAAAAAGAGCAGUUUUCAACCCAGCAUACUUUUUGAAGACCCUUUGCGUUUUUUUAUAAGCUAACACCCCCCCCCACCCCCCGCACCUCCGGGAAAAAAAGAACCAGCAAAAUCCAAUAAUUUUAUAAAAUUGCGACGUUACAACAGUAAAUAAAAUGUGUCACGUGUUUUCACCGAUGGCUGUUCCGUGAGUCAUUAGUUCCAAGAAUAUACGCCGCAUCGCCCUGGGUGCCCGUUUCCCAAGGACAGGGCCGUCUUUAGAUAGUACCUUAAUACUGAAUUAAACUGUAAAAUCCUAUAUACUUCACAAAGACCAGGGGGUGUUAAAACAAUCGUCGGGGAGGGGGGUAUUUUGCUAUAAUAAAAUGGUUUGCUACGGCUUCUCACAGGGCGUUACGAAUUAUUACACAUUUUUCAUAAUUGUAUUUCCACGUUUAAUCCAAUGUGACAUCUAUCUGUCGUGGUGCCAACCGUAACCCACUAGAGUAACUACUGUUUGCAGUUACUAGAUGACGCUUAGUGACCUACAUAUAGUAUUCGCUAUUUCCAAGUGUACUCUGAAUUUAACACAGAGAGCCUUGUGAAAACCUAAAUUUGUUAUAGGCGCCGGGGAUCGAAACAUUUUAGGAACCACUGGCUUAGCCCUACACAAUAUACGUCACAUGCACGUUGAACAUACGGUGGACUAAAUAUUACCGUAAUACCUCUACUGCUGGUGAUUUCUAGCGAGUUCAUUUUUGGAAAUACAUGGCAACAUUAUGCCGAUAAUUCCUUUACAACAAUGCGUGAAAUAUUUACAGCAUUCGAAAUAUAAAAAUAUGCUAGAAUUUUCGAAUGAUUAUUGUAGAAUUUUUAAAUAAAUGUACGGGCCAUACGCACACACGUCCUCAAUCUUCAAACUGGACACCCCCUCCCCCUCAGUGCAUACUUACUUUAUGGAUGGCCCAUAAGCCUGCAUUUGACAAGAAGUUAUCAAUUACUAGUAGAAUGUUUAGUGAGAAUCUUAUGUUCAUGUAUUCAGUAUAAUUAUACUAUAAAAUGUAGAUUAAGAAUUUAAAAUCAAAUAUUGCAUUCUUCAAGGUGGUACAAAGAAAGACAGUGCAUUUCAAAGUGAAAUAACCAAACAGAAACAUUGUGGUGCAACUUUUUUUUUUUUUUGUAGCAUUUUAGAGAGAAAAUAUUGGGAACAUGUGAGAACCACAUUCAUAUUAUGAUGAUUUUAAUGUUAUCAAUGACGUUAAAUCAAUAAUUUUUAUGGCAGCAUAUGAUAACGUUUAUAUUUUCUAUUGGCUCAAGUGCAACUUUCAUGGACAACCACUUACACAAAAUAAAUAACUGUUUUACAAUAAUUUAAAGAGCUAAAUAUAUACACUUUUUUUUCUAUAAGUUAUUCAAAACAUUUAUGAAAGCAGGAAAUAAAACUUUUCUGGCUUUGUAAAAAAAAAAUAAUUUUUAUUUCUAUUUGGAAAUGUGUGCUAUCUUUCCUUUUUAUAUUUAUUUACAUCAUAUAUAUGAUUUGGCUAUGUUUGCCAGUAGGAAGAAGACAAGCUAAGCAACCCAGCAAAGGAUGGAAUUCUGAUUAUCAUUUGCUUUCCUGUUGUUGUUUUUUAACUGUAAAAAGGCUUAAUUUCAGAUAGCUAUUAAAUCCAGUUUCUCAUUUUCGCUCACCUGUCUUGAUAAUUUCAACACAGUUUACCUGGUACAAGCUAUGUGCGUGUAACAAACCUUGCAAAUGUUUCCUCACUGGGACAGUUAGCCUGUUAAGCAUUUAUUGUGAUCAACUUCUUUAGGCAGAUGUGUUUCAUUUAAUGCACUUAAGCUGUAAGAUGUUUAUGCCGUUGAUGUGCUCCCCUGGCCCAUUCCAUAAAAUAGGCUUCUAUCACACAGAAUAGCAAUCUUUUGAAUUUAUUAUAUUUUUAAGCUAUGAUCAGUUUACUCAGAAUUUACUUACUUUUCUCCAUCCAUUAUUUCAAUCAUCAUUAGAGCUGAAAGUAGGCUGUUCCUAUCAAUUAAUUAAUACUCCCAAAGUUUAUAGUAAAGUAUAGAUGUGUCCUAUUUUUUAAUUUCUAUUCAAUGACUCUUUCUUCACUCUAAAUUCAAUUUAACAAAUUGAUUAAUUGUUAAACUGUUGUGUAUACUAUUUUAAGUGGCUGGUUAUCAAAUAUAGCACAUGGGUGAAACAAACACCUUUUGUUUGACUGAUAUAGAUCCACUUAAAAGUUUGCAAUGAAAGAGGAGAUUUAUGCAGUUGUGCUUGUAUGUAUUAGCAUUUUGGUCCAUCUGGUUGAUCUCAGGCUUUUGUUGACAAGUUGCAAGGUGUUUGGUUUCACUGUCACUGUCAAACAUUGAGUGAAAUCCUUGAUAGGCCAUGGAUGCCCUGUUGCCUGAGAAAAUAAGUGCUUGUUUUUACUGCAAUCUUUCCAAUGAAAUUUAAUAUCUCUAAAUUAUACCCAUAAUGAUACAAGAUUCUUUCUCAGCUUAAAUCUAGUAACACCCCCCCCCCUCCAAACCCACCCCAGUAAGUGCUCUUAAACUAUGUUGACAUGGUUUUCAUUUAGUGAGAGACAAGUGGGAGCUAUGUUAGAGAUUAGAGGCUAUCUGUUAUGUUCAAGUUCUUUGUAGUGGUAUUCACAAGUAGAUUAAGUUUGGUAGUUGUUCAUGUUGUAGUAUGAUCAAUUGUCAUCUUGAAGUCAGUUAAGUUAUUUUCUUCUUCCUUUCAUUUUGAAUAGGGAUGAUUUCAUUAUCUAUAAAGCUGCCUUUUUAACUAAUAAAUCAUUCUAAAAAAAUCAACUCAUAUGGUCAUUGGGGCUGUAAAAAUUGGUAAAACACAUGCCCGACACACGUAGCCGGAGACACACUUAGCUGAGUACUGGAGGAAGCAGACUGGAGGAAGCAGAGAGUUAUAUAGUCAUUAAGCUCACUGGCCAUCAACAUGGUCACACCAUAGCCCAUAUUAUUAUCUACCAAUUUAACGGUAGUGAUUUUAUAGUCUGUUUCAGAUAUAUCUUCAACUAAAGCGUCAUAACUUACUUCAUUUCUUUCAAUCAUAUAAACUUUGUAGUCUAAUAAACUUAGCAUGUUGUGGCGUAUACCAUGAGCUUGGACAGACAUGCUGAAGUUUGAACUUAUAGACUUAGACCAAAACAUAUUUGGGAGGGUGGGGACAGAUGUCCCCGGGUGCCAGCUAGCUAGGGGCGCCAAAAUGUGCUUUGAUAUUAUUUUAUUGAUAAAAAUAAUGGGUUUGAGAGUUGAAAAAAUAAAAGGGGGCACUUUAAAAUGGAUCUUGUCCCUGGGCGCGAAUCUUAUCCCCGGGCGCCAAACACCCUCGCUACGCCUCUUCUUAUGGUCAUUUAUGUCAAGAACUAAAUGGGACCAACUGUGUCUGUAACAUUACUGCUAGUUAAUUUCCAUACAAUGCACAUUCUAUUUAUGUAAUUUACAAACUCACUGAAUUGGAGGUUAUCACUUUUUUUCCACAGUGAGUACAGGUAGUGAGUCGGCUGGUGAAGAAUCUGAAGAAAGUGAUGGUAGCAGGGAUGUAGCUAGUCGAUGCCAGCGCUGCUUCACUACAAGUAAGUUUUGCCUUUUAAAAAAGUGUAUGGAUUAAUUUAUCAUAUCUGUGGACAAAUAGAGCUCUUUAACUGAAAAAUGUCAUAAAGUAUUAAUAAGAGCAGUUUUUCAUAAAGUAUUAUUUUGAGCAAUUUGUUUAAAAGGAGCAGUCUCAAAAGUUGUAUGCAGGAAGUUUUUAUUUUACUUAAAAUAGUCAAAGGAGAUACUUAGGACCACCAGCAAAUGGCCACACAACUUCCUUCGGUAUUUUUCACAUUUGCUUGGGGAAUUAAAAGUUGGGGCUCGUUUCUAAUGAUUUAAACCAGUGUAUGACUUGAACUUAUGUGCUGAACACAAUAUGAUCGACUUCGGCUCAGUUGAAUUAAGAAUUUGAUUUAGUUUUCAACAAAAAUUUAUAAACUUCUAUCCAUGUGAAGAUGGGCACAAUUUUUUAAAUACAUGUUUUAGCAUCCACAAUAUUGCAGGAUUUAUCAAAUGCAAACUUAUUUAGACAAUUAUAAUAAAUAUGAUUUUACAUAUGUCUUAUAAUUAGCUAAAUUAAAUAUUACAAUAGAUGAACUUGCAAAUAAAGAUUUAACCAAGUUUAAGCUAUUCUUAAAUAAAUUUAGAGUUUGAAAUAAUUAAUAUUGUAAUGCAGCUAGAAAUCUUAAGGGUUUUCCUUUCCUAAUCAUUGACAAUGAUUUUUAUGUCAGGUAAAGGGAGAAAUAUUCCUUUCAAGAUUGUGUUGCUUUUUUUUUUUUUUUUUUUUUUAAAUUAAAUGCAGCAGUAAAAGAAGGCAGGAAUUAUCAUUGAGUAACUCCCUCUCAACCCCACCCCCAAUCCACCUAUUCUACCUAAGAAGUUAAAUGAACCAGUGAUGGAUAAAGAGAUAAUUUAAGGAAGAGUAUCUGUUGUCCAAAAAAAAUGGGGAAAACAUAAAAUGCAUAUUGAUGAGAGACAGAAGCUUUUUUACAGGUCUCCAUUAUUCUAAGAUUCUGAUAUUGAUUUUUUGGGGGUGAGAUGGAAAGCUUCCUGCUAUUUCCCCCUGAAAGAGCAUAGUAUUGGCCUUUUAGAGUGUUUCUCUCUGUGGCAAGACAUGGAUGUUAAUUGCUUACUCUAUGAUUGGACCAGUGGGUCAGUUUAAGAACAAUGUGCCCGAUUUUGGUGGAUUAGAUAUUUUAUAAGAAUUUUCUGAAAAUAAUCUUGUCAUGUAUUGGUGACAUAUUUUGUCAUUGAUAAAGAUACAUGAAUUUGAUCUUAUCACUUUGCUUGUAAAGCUGCCUAAAUAUUUAGAAUUGAGGUUUUUGGUGGGGAUACUGUUAGUGUGAGGCCCAUGUCAUGACCUUACUACAUCCUAUCUGAUAAUUAAUAUUAAUAAAGCUUUAGACUAGCUAAUAAAAAAAAUAUUCUUUUCAUUAAACAUAGUUUAAUUUUAUGUUUACUGAUUAAUUUCUUAUAGCUGUGACAAGGUCAUAUUUUCGAGAAUUUCAUAUAAUUGUGAUGACUCAUGGCAUUUUUUUUAAAACUUAGAUUAAGUUUCAAAAAGUUUUUUUAUAUUCAAGCUCUGAUUAUUUUUCCUUUCAGCAGUAGUGUUAUACAAAGAAUUUUGUAACUGAAGAAAUCCAUCUAUGUCUUAACAGGUUCCAAAGACUGGCACAAUGCUAAGGACGGCGGCGUCCUGUGCACAAAAUGCCGCCUUUCAUACAAGAAGUAUGGGGAGGAAUCGGGGGUAGAUUCUCCACCCCCCAGCACAAGCCCAGACCAAUACCUGUUCAAGCCCGUCCCAGAGGACGAGGAAAGCACACCCUCCAAGCACAAUAUGCGCACACGUCGCAGUAAUAAUACAGUAUGUUUUAAGUUUUUGUUUUAAGUUUGAACGGCCAGGAACUAAAAAAGAGUGGUAAUAAAGAGUAAUCAUUGGUUACAAAAUAGUUGUUCAGCAUAUAGCAGUUGAUAUAGAAAGCACUGUCUUUCUUUGCUUACUCAUGCUUUAUUAGUUUAAAGGUAUUAAGUUACCAUCUAGUGUAAAGGAGACAGCUAUUGUCUCAUAUACAAUUAACUUUGAAGUAAAAUCAAUAGUCCAUUUACAUAAUAUCCGCCUAAUGUAUCCACUGUUUCUCUUCAUGAUGGCAUACUACUUAUUUCUCAUCUUUGUUGUAUGAAACCAGUUUUAUAAUAUUAAAGUUGUUUACACAGGUGAAGAAAUGAAUUUGAUGCAGGCCAUAGAAAAUAUUUAAAAAAUAGAACUUUAAUUUUUAAUUCAAGAACCGGUUUCUUUACAUUUUUGUGAAAUUUAUAAGCUAAAAGUUUUUGUACAUUAUAACAUUGUAUUAAGUACUUAAUACUGUUGAAAUUAUGGGUUCACUAUUUAGCUAUUACAAUUUAAAGCAAAAUAAUAUUUCUCGACUUUUUAAGACUUUUUUUUAUUAUAAACUUUGGGAUUGUUCUAUGUGUUUGAGUGGCCAAUUUGGGGGGGGGGGCAGGUGUUUGUUAGAACUUUGAGAAUUGACCACAAAUUUGGCUAUUUUUUAUACUUUUUUUUAUUAUAAACUUUGGGAUUGUUCUUUGUGUUUGAGUGGCCAAUUUGGGGGGGGGGUGGCAGGUGUUCAUUAGAACUUUGAGAAUUGACCACAAAUUUGGCUUUAAACUAGAUAUUCAACUUUAAAUAAAUUACCAGCCUUCUGGGAUAUAAUUUAAUUAACUAUUUCCCUAUGCUAUACAGUCAUCAACAAACGGAAAGAAGAAAGAAAUAAAUAGUGCCAGCAGCCCAGACGUGGAAAGUACUCCCACGAACAUAGCCAACACAAUAGCAACUCCAACAGUAGCCUUAUCCAACAGCAGCAAAGUUGCCAGGAAAUCUCCCAGCAAUCCAGCUGUUGAAAAGGACAACAGGAAAUCUAACCAGGUAAGUAAAUAGUAAGGUUCUCUUGACUUGAGUGUUUGUUAUUUUAGGUGAACCCAGAGGGAUAUUCCAUUAAGUAUGUUUAUUUUCAUUGCAAGUCCAACAUUUUACCUUUUUUUUUUUUUUUUUAAGUUUAAUAUAAAAUUGGGUUUUUAACAUUUCCAUAGGUGAUUUUUUUAAUUUAAAAUAAACGAAGGCAAUUUUAAAAGAACUUCUGCAUCACUUUUUUGCAUGUUCACAUGAACAGAUAAAUGCAAUUAUAUUUUUAUUUUUCCUUUUUUUUUUUUUUUUUUAAGCUUAAUAUAAAAUUGGGCUUUUAACAUUUCCAUAGGUGAUAUUCUUAAUGUAAAAUAAACGGAAGCAAAUUGAAAAGAACUUCUGCAUCACUUUGUUGCAUGUUCACAUGAACAGAUAAAUGCAAUUAUAUUUUUUUAGUGAAUGAGGUAGAAAUAUUUCUUCUCACCACCCAUUAUUUAUUGGAUAUGUUCAACAGAAAACCAAAGACUCCAACUCUGGUAAAGCCAAGAAGAGGAGACUGAACACAGAAGAAGACACAAAGACCUCCAAAAAGAAGAAGGUCUGUAGAUACAACUUUUUGUAUUGAUACUACUUCAUAAAGAAUAUUUUAAAUACAUCCUCUUCUUGUUUUGGUACAUUUUCAAUGCUUAACAUUGAUCAAGGGAUGUUUUGUUGUUUUUUUUUUGAAGAUAAAAAAUCUUCAAUAUAAAUAUAGAAAGCAAUUAAGGCAUUUGCUAAAGAUAUUUUGUCUUUAAUAGCUGACAAUUUUCUGUUUAGUUUUAUGGUAAACUUCAAUUAAGUCUUCCUGGUGUCAAGUUAAAAAGAUAUGUCACAAUUUUUAACUUCCGGUUAAUGCAGCCUGACAUUCAAGCAUUUUGCGAGUGUAGAUUAACUUAUGACCUGCAAGGUCACAGAGAUUAAAAAAAUUUGAUUGCUUCUUUAACACUUUUGAUGGGUUUGAUGGAAAUAUUUUCACUUUGUUCAUUUUUUUGAUGCCAGUGUAGAUUGUUGCUUUCCGUUUUUUUGUUGUUUUUUUUAAAAAGGGAACUGUUUGUGAUUUCAAACAAACCUUUUUCUGUCAUACAGGAAAGAUCAGACUCUGAGUCGGGAACUGAGAGCAGUUCUGUGUCAGGUACCGAAGAUCUUGGCAACGAGGCAGAUUCUGAUGACAAUAACCAGGUGAGUCUUAUUACAUUUAUAUAGGAUAGUAAUGUUAAACAUGGUCAACAGGGCAAAUUUUAUAAGAAGAUGUCACUUUUAAAAUAUGUAAUUUGUAAUUGAUUAUUAUUUCUCUUUCAUAGUCAUUCAUAUAAAAUUUAUCUUGUCUGAUAUAGAUGAUGCUAUAUGAAUUGAUUUUAAAAUAUUUGUCUGUAAUUUAUUUUAAAAAAACACUUACAAAAUUUCUACCUAACAGGAGGAGCUAAGCAGCAGUUCCAGACCAUCCAGCAGAAGUUCUGUAGAACGUGGGUUUAAACCCUUACAACCUCAACCUUCAACACCGGGGUCACUACAAGUUGUUCCAACGUCAGGUGCCCCAACUUCCAAGGUUCAUACACCACCUGAAUCAGCUGUUGUAUCAAACAUCACUACCUUGGUCAGUACAACCGCACCUACAGUUUUUUCAUCUACUGCGAUCCCAAAGCACCAGACAGGACAGCCAGUUUCAACUUUGCUGCCCCCUCAGCAGUAUCAGCCUUUCACAACCGUUCCCUCAUCCUUACCACCACUCACUGGCUUAGUGCCAGGAACAAUUUUGGUGACAUCCACCACACCCACGACUACAACUUCGUUAACCCCAUCUGGCAACAGCCUCCACCAACAUCGGCCACCAAGGCAUUCAUCUCCAUUGCCAGUUUUCAAACCAGGUAUAGCAGCACCUGGCCAUAUAUCAAGUAUUGGAAAUAUAACAAAUAAUCAUACUGGCCUAGUGCCCACAACGUGCAAUCUAUCCUCCCAACUAGUGAUACCAACCCCAACGCUCAGUCGAGCCUCAUCCACUGGGACAUUUAUCCCACAUACGGAAUUAUCAGUCCCUGCCAUAUCAGUCAAUGUGUCUGCAAAUAUAAACACUGUUACAACUGCCACACCUAAGACAAUAUCAGCCCUCACCUCAGUGGACUCUAUUAUAUCAUCUUCAACAUUGUCAAGCCGUUCUACAGUAAUCUCCAGCAGUAGUAGUUCUAGCAAUAGCAACAGUCACCCACAUAACAGAAUGCAGGAACAGAAUGACGACCAAGAUAAGAAGCCCAUUGUUCCACCACCAGGAGCCUUCCUGCCUCCACCUCCAGGGUCUGUUCCCUUCUCACCCUACCAUUACUUCUAUGGUGGGCAUCCUGGGGCAGGACAUCUACCACAGCACCUCCAUCCUAUGUCAGUGGCAUCAGCGGUGGCAGGAAACCCACACCAGCCACCUCCUCCAGUGCCAAGCUUGGUACCGAUCAAAAAGGAACCACACUCUCCUCCUCCACCCCUCAAGCCCUUAGAGAAGGCAUCAGAUCUCUCGACAAGCUCAUCCUCACAUCCACUACAUCGCCCACAUCCAGAAAAUCCUUCCAAACUGACACACAGCUUCUCACAACCUAGUCUGUCCUCAUCUGCGCCUCUGCCUCCCCCACCCCUUACAGUAAUUGACCCAAGGGACAGCUCCAAAUCAGAAGAUAUGUCCAAACAAGAUUCAUACUCAAAAGACAAUCAUAGGGGACCACCCCAGUCCCCUCACCGGCCUGACAGUCUACCCACUUCUGGCCUGCACAGGGAAUCUCGCAUGGAUAGUAACCUCAGUGUACUGCAGGAAUCUAGAGCUAUAGGACUUGUCGGUGGUCUGAACCCUCCACCCCCUGGUGCACAGCUCCAUAAAGAUGAUCCCCGAGCAUUGCCAGCAGCAUUCCAGCCUUACUCUCACCACCCUCACCCAUCUUCGUCUUCCCUCCCACAUCACCCAUCAUCAGUCCUCCAAGUCCCUCAGCCCCAUUUAUCGUCUGACCAAUCACAUUUGUCAUCUGCCUUACACUCUGCCCAGUCUCAUUUGGCAGACUCCUCACAUCAUAUGAACCGUUCCAACUCUGACAUGGACAGUAUCGUGAAGAAGGAGCCAAUCACAGUGGAGGAGAUUGAUGUGGAUGAGGAUGAGGAUGAUGGAAGAGGUGGAUCUACAACCCCUGGUCCAACACCAACUACUUGUAGCAGAGAGAUUUAUAAGAGUAAAAAUGCCAUGUAAGUAUAUAACAUCAGUUAUUAAAGUAAGCUGUAAUUUUUGUGUUCAUGUAUGAGCUUCUAGAUUACAAAAAAUGUGCCUUUUCCAAUUUUUUCUGUCAAAAUGAUAGGACAUAUUCAGAUAAUGCCAUAGUUUGCUGCACAGUUUUAAAACAGUCCACAAAAUAUGGCUGACUUGAUCAAUGCCAUUAUUAAGAGACUAUUUUCAGCUCCCAUUCAGGGAAAAUUGUCUUUUUACAAUUCAAAAUAUUUUGAGAUUAUUUAGCAGCUUCAUUUAUUUCAUGGUUUGGAACAAUAGAGAAGUCUUCACCAACUUAGUUUUUGUAUAGCUUGGUCUUAAUCAAUUUAUAAUGUCUAUGAUUAUAUUUAGACUAUAUUGUUUAGAAAGAACAUAAAAUAGGAAGAAGAAAAAGCCAAAUCUACUCAAAAAAUUAUUGGACUAAACUCACAAAUUCUAAAUUUUUGAAAAAUAUAUCUAAAUAUUAAAUUUUUUAGAGUUAUAUAAUACAGGAAUCUGCAACCUACUGCACACAUUGCAAGCUGGCACACAAAGCUAUGGUCAUUGGCAUGGGGCAGACCAAAAUAAAUAAAUAAAUAAAACAGUAUCACCAUAUACUUUCCUCCAGAUUGAAAUUGAAACCAUAAAGAAAACUUUUAUUUACAAACAUAAUUUAUCAGAUGACAAGAAAGUUGGUAAUAUUACAAAAUUUACUAUUAAAUUAGAACUAGGCUAGCACUAACAUUACUGAUAGCAUGCCUUGUCACGUAAGCAAAUUACAAGUAAAAUAUGCAAUUUAUUUAUCAUUGGUGGUUGACAAAAAUUUUUGUUACAUUUUGACGGUCUAAAAAAAAAGAAGAAAUUUUGACAUUUUUUUAGAAAGUAUGGUUACAUCUUUGAUAUAUAUGUAGGGAUCUGGAAAAACGCAUUAUUUUGUUUUAUUAUGUAGUAUAGUAUAGUGGGUAUAGAAAUUUGAUCGUGUGAACUGAAAAAAGGAUUCGACCAAACUUCCGUUUGAUUAAUUUUCCGUCAACAAAAUUUCUUUCGAACAAAUUUCCUGUAACCAAAUUACUUUCAUAAAUCUUACUUAAGUAUACAGACAAGUUCUACCCCACCCUUUUUUUUCCCUUUGUCUCCCUAUAAGUGCUUAUAAUACAAUUUGGGUAUGUGCACCUAAUUAUGUUGGGUUCACAGAAGUACUUCAAAAUUAUAGUCCUCAGUGAAAAUAGUGAAGCUAUGUAUGUAAAAUAACAAACAUCAAUAAUAAAAUCAUCAUUAGUGCUCUAUUAUUUAAUUCACUAGAUAAUGGGGGAGAAAGAAAAAAAAAGAUUUUAGUUAAUCUGAUUUUUAAAGCCAUAUAGACUAUCAAUUACUUAUUUAACUGUGUCUUAAACAAAAGUCAGCACAUUACAAAAAUGAGACACUGUUAAAUUAGUAAUUGAUAGUCUAUAUGGCUUUAAAAGGCUUAGGGGUCCUCAAAAAUGUCAUUUAUUUUUAAAAAUUCUCUCCUAAAUGGAUAAUUGAUUUAUAAAAAAACCUUGUUUUGGGGUAACACAAUGCCCCCUGACAAAAUAACCUGGUAAAACAUCUUAUUUAUACAAAUGGAAGAGCAAAUUGACUUGCCAUUCCUAAAUAACCCCACUAUUUUGAUGCAUUCAUCAUUCUCUUUUCUUAUGAACUAGUUCACCUAUUAUUUCUGUUAUUUAUCAUUUAUGACAGUUUCCCCUCAAAAUUUGUCCAACAGCCUCACCCCCAUUUCUCCAUAUCUAAUGUGCAGCUAUAUUGAACACAUAAGCUCAGACAAACCUCAGAUUUGGGAAUGUUUUGUCAUUUAUCAAGGGUUGUCUUAUAUUUUUCCACUUUGCUUUUAAGAUGGAGAUUUCAACAAAAUUAUUUGUGACAACUCCUUUUAAAUGGAAAAUAGUUCACGUGCAUAAAUUGUAAUAUUUUAUUUAAGUUGAAAAGAAAAGGUUCUACAUGUUUGAGCUUAUAUUUUAUCUAAGGCAUAAUUUGCAUGAUUUCAAAGUUUAGACAAUGUUUUUGAUGAUAUUUUAAUGAUAUUUAUGAAAAAACGCAAUUCUAAGUAUUGCAGUGUGACUAAAUCUACAGAAUUAUAUGAGGAGAAGUGGAAGGUGCUUUAUGAGAGAUAUCUCAAGUCAAAUCAUGCUUGACCUGUUAGCUUUAUAUUUCGUUGCAAUAAAUCAUUCAUUAUUUUAUUUGUCAUCAUGUUUCAGGUUAAAUUCUUAAUUAACUAGUUUUAGUUCAAUUCUAAAAAUGUAUUUUUUCUUUGUUUCACAGAUUUGUGAAAAUUUUUGACCGAGGUGAAAGAAAUCAAUGUUCACGCACAGAUUUCGUUUUCCGACCAAUGUCUGACUCCAGCUUGGCGAAGAAAAGAGAAGAAAGGGCUAGGAAGCCAUCCCAGUCAUCAGCUAUUAAAGAAGAGAAGGUAAAAGGGUUUCUUGUCUUUUUUUCUUUUUUGUUAAUUUGUUGUUUUUUUAAAACCUUUUUGACUUUCAUUUAUAUACUUACCUUAAUUACUUAAAAAUCAGCUGAUGGGAUAUGGCAAGGGCUACAAAAUGAUAGCUCUUAAGUUAUAUACUUCUAUUUCUACUGAAAGUUUCUCAUCUUACCAUUACCAUUUAAAUCACAAGUUCCCAAUACAUAGGGUUUGACCCCAAAUGGGGCGGUAAAAGGUUUUAUUCGGGGUCACUGGCUGAAAAAGUAAACUAAUAAGAGUAAUUUUGAAUCUAAAUAGGUGUUUUAAAGAUUAGAUACUACGGUAAUGCGUCCAUUCACGGGUGGGGGGGGGGGGGAGAAGGUUGUUUAUUAUAAUGAAUUAUAUUUUACUGAAAAAUCUAUUUUUGAUGAAUUAAAAUAAGCAUCGUGAAAAUGAGCUGGACUCAAAAGUUGGGAAUCUGUGAUUUAAGUUAUGAGCAAAGUGGAAUUUAUAUUAAAAACAUUUAAAAUCUCAGCUAUGUCAAAUGUGCUGGCCAUGAAUGCCUUUAGUACAACAACUUAUAGCCCUGACGUUUGGUUAACCCUUAAAAACAGAGCAAUUUAUAUUAAUGCCAUGCAUUGUCAUUUUUUAAACCAUACCACACAAAUUAAUUGCUGAAACACAAUAUGAUUGUAUUUACAGAAGAGGGUUGAGACUCCGCCUAGGGCUACAUCCGCCUCUGAAGGCCAGAAGUCAUCCAGCAGUAGCAGUAGUAGUAGUAAUCUUAACAGUGGCAGUGGUCAUCCUCAUGGUAUGAAUGUUGGAGGUGGUGGCUAUCAAGAGAGGCACACCCCAAGACCAUUUGCAGACACACCAGCCCUGAGACAGCUGCAUGAAUAUGCUAGGCCACAUGUCUAUGGUAGGAAUGCAUAUUGUCAUAUUGGUAAUUUACUGUUUCUGAUUGCUCAUUUUAAAACUUUUUGAUAUUAAAAUUUUUAUUGUAAUUUAAUAUGGCACCUAUAUUCAUAGUUCUGAUUCAGUAGACUUUAAUUUUCUGCAUGUGAAAUUAAUUAAUUACUUUUAUUCUGUUUAUGCCUAUUAGCCUAAAUAUUUAUCAAACGAAAAUGUGUGCUUAUUUUUUUUAAAUUACAUAAUGAAAAUAACAUUCCCUAACUUCUAAAACAUAGAAAAUCUCAGAGUGUAUUCAUUAUCUUCACUUUCAGCACGAGAAAGUUUGGAUGACAGCUGGUCUUUACGAUUUGCUGGUCAAGAUCUGGGUAGGGGUCCUUACUCUCUUGGGGGCUUGCCUCACCACCCUCAGAUGGACCCAUUGAUGGGCUACCGUCUAGGCAUGUAUCCUCCUGGUUCCAGAGAGAGGCUGGAGAUGGAGCUGGAAAGAGACAAGCGUGAGCGAGAUGCAAGGGAGAGAGAGAUGAGGGAGAGAGAGCUCAGAGAUUUGGAGUUAAGAGAGAAGAUGAAGCAGGACAUGGAGCUCAAGCCUGGUGAGCACAAAAAACCUGUCUUCUUCUGCAACUAUUCUUUCAUAAAAUUACUAUAUUAGCUUCACCAUAAUGUGGCCUAGAAUUUAACAUCAAUCCCCCUUUUUUUAUUGUUCCCAUGGAUUGAGAAGUAAUUUCAUAGCUUUACUUGGGGUAGUCGUGCACGCCAACCAACUAUCUUGCUCAUGCUCAUCAUUGGUUUUGUUUUUUAAAGUCAUUCAAAUCUUUCAAAAAGUAGUAAAACAUCUUUUGUAACUUAAAUCUCUAGGUGUACAUUUGCUUUUUACUGAUUUUAGAAAUGGGAAUCAAACUCUAAUAGAUGUUUGGUUGUAACAAGUUAAGUUCUUUGGUUGGGUAAAAACUUAGGUGCUUGUUUAGUUAGUUAUUAACUAAAGCUACCCAACUAAAGUUCAGGUUAGGCACUGCAACUACUCAAUUUUGGCUCUUUCAGUAAUUAUUGCAAUUUGUUACAUUUCAAUUUUUAAAGAUAUAUUAUUUUUUUAUAAAUACAAGCGUUCAACAUAGAAAUAUACAAAUGCACUAAAAAGAACUCAGGGAUUUAUGUAACUAUCAUAUAUAUAUAUAAAGUUGUGGGUAGCUAAAAUGUAAAGAAAAUUAGAAAAAACAUAAAUUUCUACUGGGAAAUUAAUUUUAAUGUUUUAUGCUUAUUGUUGAAAGGACCUUACAAUAUGGCUUAUUUAUCUUCUCAAUCUUGAAUGCUCUCUGAGACAUCUGGUACACAAAGUUCAUUGCACAAGUCUAAUUUUGUUUGUUUUGAAACUAUACAAGUUGCUGACACUUAAUGAAAAAAGAGUCUGCUACAAAGUGUUGUUGUUUUUUUUUUGUUUUGUUUUUUUAUUACUAAAAUAUUACUAAAAAUCAAGCCUAUGCAGGAGGUGGUGUUAGAGAAAGAUAAUAAAAAAUUAUUUUGAUUUUUAAAACAGUUGGGGAGUUGAAUUUUUUUCGCCUUCAUUAAAAGUUUUUAAAAAUCUGCUGUAAGUAGUGAUAUGCCACAUUCGUAAAACAUUGUUAGUUUUAAUAAAUUUGAGAUGUUUUAAGUUCGCGCUCUGUUGUCAACAGGGCUCAGGUUCUAUUCGGGUUUGUCAGCCGGAUUAGACUGGUGUGUUUGGUUUGAUUCCCAUCUCUACUUGAUUUAUCACUUUAAAUUUUUAAGCGCAGCCACAGCAGACGUGCUUUUUUCACUCUUUGUGAUGCUGUAUAUUCUUUUUAAUCCAUGUAGCAAACUAAAGAGUUUAAAUAAAAGGGAUGUGAUAUAAUUUCCUGGACACAUUAUAUUAUCAUUAAAGCUAAUACAGCAAUUAAUUUUCAAAAUUUCAGUAAUGGGCUUUUUCUUGACAUCUCUCACAACUAAAAAGAAAAACAUGUUGUGCCAGUUGCUGUGUAUGUAGAGCAACAAAGUGUGCAUCAGCUCAUCACAAAACCAUCAUCUGUUUUGGACUCAAUUUUUGUCUUCUCUCUGUUAAAAUAUUUUUUUUUUGCAUUGUAUUCCACCCCUUUAGAGAUGGAACAUUUACUCCUCCCAUAUUUAGGUUUGGACCGCCUCCUUCCACCCGGAGCCGCCAAUCAGCUGACGGAUCCCAACUGGCUGGACCUCCAGCGUCGCAUGGGGUUUCCCCCUGGCUCCGCAGGCCACCUUCUUCCACAUGGUGGCCCCGGCGGGGCAGGAUCCCAUCUUCCUGGGGUCUACCCCCCUGUCAGUCUAGCCAGUGACUUAUUAGCAAGAGAAAGGGAGAAACUUGAUAGACUAGGUGGGUAGUAAUUAUAUUGCUCCUUUUUUUUUUUUUUCUUCAUUUUUAUUAACAGUUCUUUGUACUAGCUGCUCAGAAUAACUGGAUUAAAUGAUGAAUUUCCUCUCAUAAUUUAUAUUUUAUUUCUAAAGUGGAAUUAGCUCUGAUUUAUGUGAUUUAUCAGUUAAUGAUUCUGAUUAUUAUCUCUAUAUCUUAUUCCCCAAGAUUUAAAAAUCUUAAUUAUACAAAUGAAAAGGAUUUGUAAACCAAGUGAUAGUUUAGUGAUGCUUUCACUUUAAACCUGUUUUCUCUGAGCCAUUUUUAAGGUUGAGUUGUUUUAAAAUAACUUUUGUUUCUAACCAUAACUUCAAACAGGACUCACCGUCAGCCUGCCACAACUGGCUGAAAUGUCUUAUGCUAAUGCCGUAGAACGUCUGUCCCAGGAGCGCCAAGCUGCAGAACGCCAGGCCGCAGAGCGCGAGCGUGAUCGGGAGCGGUUCGCUGCCCUUGCCAAUGACCCGGUGGCUCGUCUGCAGCUUGCAGGAGCCGCGGCCACGCAGCAUGCCCACACCCACACACAUGCCCACUCACACACACACCUGCACCUCCACCAGCAAGAGGUGGCUCACGCUCAAGCCGUGGCUCAUGCACAGGCUCACGGCCUGGCGCCGCCCGCGUUCCCCCUACCUUUAGCAGCCCAUGCUCAUCUUUACCCACAUCACCUGACAGGUGGACCAGGUACAGUACACAAACAGCUGACACAGGACUAGACCUUGGAGUGCCAUCUUUAACUUAAACAAUCCUAAAAAAAAAAUAUGCAUUGUUAUUGAUUGACAUUGUGUCGUUAACUGUUAUUUAUCCCUUUCCAGUGAUAAAAAUCUAAUUAUUAUUUUCUUAAAAAUCAGUGCAGAUUGUUUUCAUGUCAUCAAGAGAUGACACCAGCAUCUUUACAAUAUCUCAAAGCCAAAUGGUCAAAAAUAAUGCUUUUGUUUUUUUGUCUGUGUCUUCCACAUUUUUUAUUUUUGUUGACAUUACUUCUGGAAAGUGCCAAGAAUGUGUUUUAACAUUCCUAAUUGUGUUUGCCGGUUUGUUCCUGAUGUAAUUAUGGCAAAUUUUAUGUUUGUUGACACUUGAUGCUGUUGUUUGAUCAAUGCCCUUCAGGAACCACUGUCUCCAAUCACAAAUUUGACCAGAUGAACUUGGAGAGCUCUAUUUUUUUUGUUUGGACUAGUUUGAAGUUCUCAAUAUAAGUCUCUGAUUGCCAGAAUUAACAUUCUAAAGGGGUCCAAAUUUAAAGGUUACAUUCAGCAGAAUAUUUCCUAUAAUUUUAGAUGCUGGAGUUUUAAUUGCUUUUGUUUGGAUAUGGCAGUACAAAGUUUUAGUCUGGAGUUUAUUACCAUUACAAUUUUGCAUUAACAAGUUAGCUUUGUUUUGUUUACAUUUUGCAUACUUUGAGUUUGAAUAGCCCAGAUGUAAGAUUUUUUUUGUUAUCAACUUUAGUGUUAGCUUAGUACUUUUUCAGUUGUAGGAACUAAGAUACACAUUUGCAAGGAGUUUUAAGUUGAAGCUAAUGUAUUGGUUGCUGUCUACUCAUUGGGCAGCUGGCAGAGGCAAGGAUGUCUCCCCCUACUUGCAAGCCAUAUUGACUUAUGCCCCCUUGUCGUUGCAGAUGGUGCUGCUGCUAGUUCCGCCAGCGCCAACUCCACCACUGAGCACCUGUCCAGUCGAAUGGUAUACCAAUAUUACUCACAACGCCUUACUAGUGAGCAGCAUGUUUUCAUGCAGAGGGUGGUCAACGAAUGCUACCUCCGCACAAAGCCGGAGAGUCGUCCUAUCAUAGACCCAAACCACUUGAUCUAUCAGUUCUCUCGUAAGUCUAAGCCAAACCCUUUUCUCAGAGAUUGCUCCUCCCAGAUGUAUAAACCUACCCCCCAAAGCUUUGAUUGGCAGAAUUUUGUUUCACAACUUUUUCACUUUGGUUGGAAUUAUUUCUAUUUAUUUCUUUAAUUUAGCCUUUCAGUAUAAUGUAGACUUAUUUAUUGUACCAUGUCUGCUCUUAUUAUUUCUCUCUUAUUUUAAAACUUUCUUGUUUUAUCAUGUUGCAUUAUCUUCUUUUAACUCAGUUUUGUUUUCCAAUAACUAUCGAUUUUGAUUUUUAUUAUUUGAAUUAACUAUUUUAUUUUUUUAGAUGAUUACGAGUUUUUUAAAUUUUAUUUCAUUUUUUCUUCUUCAAUUUUUUUCAUUCAUUGUAAGUGACUCUCUUCUCUGAAAUCUGUUGUAUAUAUAUGAAUAGUUGAUGGUCAGGCCUUUACUAACAUGUAUAAGUAUUUACUCCCAUAUAUGGCUUAGUUAGAAGUGCACUCCAAGGUUUAUCUCCUUACGUGUGUAAUAUUUGAAUGUCUGCUUGUUUUCACCAGUAUCUAUAUAAUACACUAUGUAAGAGUUAUUGGUACAGUGUCUGUGUUUGGUUUCAAAAAACACAUUUAAAAAAGUUGUUAAAUGUGUGAAAAAGAAAUUUUGUGUUUCAUUACUUUGUAAAUUUUAACUAUUUUUUGGUCACAUUUCAUAAUAGUGCGAUACAUAUAGAUAGUUCAGAUUUAUGAGAUAUGUAUUAACCAUUCAAUCAGAAUUUUGAUGAUAGUUGCAUACAAGUCUGCUGGCGGAUUAACAUGUCUCUUGUUUAUGGAGCAUUUUAAUAUAUAAUAAGAAUGCUAUCGACAGGAUGAUAACAUGAAAGCUACUCACCAGGUUUAGAAGCAGAAAAGCAAUAAAUUGAUAAGUAGCAAUUUUUUUUUAUAAUGAGCUUGUCUAGCUUUUUGCCUUUAUUAAUCUGCUGUGACCACAUCAACAUAUACAAAUGCAUAGAUCCUUGCUUACCCAAUGGAACAUCUUAAAAGGAUUUAUUUUUUUUAUUUCCACAAACUUGGCCAGUCUCUGUAUAAGAAACAUGCUUCAAUUGUUUGUAAAAUAUUAUUUCUCCCAAUUACUUCUCCAUAGGGGCAGAUCCAUUGGCAGGUGGCCCAGGUGGCUCUGGACCUGGUGGUUCAUCUAAUCCCCUUUCUGUGCUCCCCCCUGGGGUGCCUCAC